AUGAUUACUGGCGGCACCUCCGGUAUCGGCUUCGCCAUUGCCGAGAGAUUCCUCCAAGAAGGAGCAUCGACCGUAGUCCUCGUAGGUCGAUCUCAAGCUCGCCUAGAGGAAGCAGCCUCAAAACUCAGGUCUCUCACCUGCACACUCCCAGAUCUUGACGAAAGCAAUGGCGAAGUCGCAACUCGAGCCCCAGAAGAAGACAGCCAGCAAGACAGCCGAGGAAAGAUUCGACUACUUGUGGGCGACGUCUCAGAUGUUGGAUCAUGGAUGCGUGAGCUCGAAAAGGAAAUGGCAAAUGUAGAUAUCCUGGUCAACGCAGCAGGAAUCUCGAUAUCAAACAUACUCGCAAGAUCUGAGCUGGAGGAUAUCUCCACAAUCCUGCGUACAAAUCUCGAAGGUGCAAUGCUCACCUCGCGAGCUUUAGUUCGUGCCUCUAUCCGGAGCCGGAUACGCAAUCGGAAUGAUACAGCAGCGGGGAACAAGCCUCCAUCCAAAUGCAUCAUUAAUGUCUCCUCUUUACUCGCACUCAAGGGUGGAACUGGUGCAGUUCCGUACGCUGCUUCCAAGGCUGGCAUUUUGGGUCUGACAAGAUCAUUGGCCGUCGAGGCCUCGGCUUCGAUGAAAGACAUUGUCAUCCGAUCGAAUGCUAUUGUGCCUGGGUACAUUGAAACGCCAAUGAUUGCAGAUUUCACACCCAAUGAAACGAAUAGACUAAAGGAUACCAUCCCUCUUCGAAGAUUUGGGGAUCCGCGUGAGAUUGCUGAUGCGGCUGUCUUCUUGGCCCAGAAUGAAUAUGCUAACAAUUGUGUGCUUAAUCUCGACGGUGGACUGAGUGCUGUUUGA